GUUACUAAUAGAAACCGUAAUACUAAGCAGAGGCGCAUUAAGGACUAUAAAGCUAUGCUAAUUAAGCGCAGGCUUAACCUAGGUCUUGUAGCGCCUAAUGUAAAAGCAACUAAUAAGGAACUUAGCGCUUAUAUUGCUAUACUAGUUAAGGAUUAA